AUGGCUGCAGGUGAGGCCAGCACGACUAAGCCUCGUCAAGAGAAGCAGUACGACUAUCUGCUCAAAUUCCUGCUGGUGGGUGACAGCGACGUCGGCAAGCAGGAGAUCUUGAGCGGCCUCGAGGACGGCGCCGCAGAGUCGCCGUUCUGCAGUGGCAGCGCUUACAAGACUACCACUAUCCUUCUGGAUGGUAAACGAGUCAAGUUACAGUUAUGGGAUACAUCAGGCCAAGGUAGAUUCUGCACAAUUAUCCGAUCUUACUCCAGAGGUGCACAAGGUAUUCUCCUGGUAUAUGAUAUCACCAAUAAAUGGUCCUUCGAUGGCAUUGAUAGGUGGCUGAAAGAAGUUGAAGAGCAUGCGCCCGGUGUGCCAAAAGUACUAGUUGGUAAUCGUCUUCACUUAGCCUUCAGGAGGCAAGUGGGGGAACGAGACGCGGAAGCUUAUGCAGCUAAAAAUCGCAUGGCGUUUUUCGAGGUCUCGCCCCUCUGUGACUUCAACAUUCGCGAAAGCUUCUCGGAACUCUCGCGUAUGGCACUGCACCGAAACGGCAUGGAGAGAUUGCUGCGACCCAAUAAAGUACUCAGCCUGCAAGAAUUGGCAUGUCGCGCGAUAGUAGCCCGCACAACGGUCUAUAGUAUCGAUCAGCUACCAUUGCCUACGUCAAUCAAAUCACAUCUAAAAUCGUAUGCGAUGACGAACACAUCUCAAUUGCGCUACAACGGCAAUCGUUCAUUGAGCUCCAGUAAAAGUUUAGGAUCACAUCACCGGAAGCUGCGAUUUGUCGUGGGUCACCAUAAUAACGGGCUGUUGACGCCAGGCAGUUCACCCGGCAGCAUUACAGACUACCGUACAAGUUGUGUCGGCCGCAACUCCUGCACGGUAUCGUGAGAGUGAGAAAAG